AUCCAAUGAAAGGACACAUUUGCUUCACGUGACCAGAAGACAGGUACAGGCGUUUGAACAUGAGGAUUCGCCUAUAAACAAUGUUUCUAAAGUGGAAAUAUACGCUGCCCUUAGUGGCACUAUGGGUUCAUAUAACUGUGUCGGAACGAUCACGUGAUGUCUAUGAGUAUGACGAAUGCCGUGCUGAGUACCAGGAACCACUUGGUGUUGGCUCCGGAAAGAUCCCUGAUGGCGCCAUGUGGUCGUCCACUAACAACAACAAGAGACCUGCUAGCCGAGCACGGCUUAAUGACCCCACAGGGGCAUGGACUGCAGGUACCCAGAAUGCAAUUCAGUACCUGGGGGUAGAUCUUGGAGCCCGAUACUUUGUCACAGCAGUUGCAACACAGGGGCGCCAGGGGAGUGAUGAAUUCGUCACAGAAUACUUUUUGGAAUAUUCUGAUGAUAGAAACACAUGGAGAAGAUAUACCAAUGAAUAUGGCAUCCCAGAAAUGUUUGUGGGUAAUGACAAUGGCUGGAAGAUCGUCCAGAACACACUCCACUACCCGAUCGUUGCCCGAUACAUCCGCUUCAACCCACAGCGCUGGAACAUGUUUAUCUCCUUGAGGAUGGAGAUCUACGGCUGCCUUUUCAACCCCUUUGUUGCUUCCUUCACUGAAACAAGCUACAUGCAGUUUGAUCUCAGUCGCCAACCAGUGCCGUCGGAGUCCGACACCUUGGAACUUCGCUUCAAGACCAACAAGCCAGACGGUGUCCUGUUCUACGCCAGCGGAAACCAGGGAGACUAUAUUGUCAUGGAGAUGAGGAGGGGCUACAUGUACUUCAGGAUAGAUUUGGGGUCCACUCAGUCGAGCCGUGGUCGCACCGAGGUGAUCGGCGGCAGUCUCCUUGACGACCACCAGUGGCAUGACGUGGUCAUCACUCGGGAGAAGAAGAAGUUGAAGGUCGUAGUGGACAGGCUGGUCAAUGAGUUGGAAACCAACGGACUGUUCUACCGGCUGGACUUGGAUAAAUAUUUGUACAUUGGAGGUGUCCCAUACUUCAAUCAGGAGGGGAUUGAGGUUAAAUAUAAUUUUGUGGGCUGUGUGGAAAAUGUCAACUUCAAUGGUGCCAAGCUGUUGGAAGAUGCUCAAGGUGGAGCGUCGGCUGAACUGAAGGGGGGCGUGGUUGCUUUCACUUGUGGGAUUUCCUCAUCGAUUCCUGUCACAUUCCCAACAACCAAGUCGUACCUGAAGCUGUCAGGCCGAGAUGCGGGUGGACCAAUCCGAGUGAACUUUGACUUCCGUACUCACGAUGAGAACGGCAUGCUGAUGUACCAUGCGCUGGAGGAGGCGGGUAGCGGGGUCACGGUGACGCUGGACAACAAUGGCUACGUGGCAUACAAGGUGGUGUCGCGGACUGGACAGAUCAUUGAAGAUGUCGUCAGAAACACGGACAUUUUGAGUUCUACGAGAGGUUUCACUGAUGGCCUGUGGCACAAGUUCUCCAUCUAUGUUGACACCACCAAGGUCAACUGCACCGUUGACCGCAAUGUCAAGGUCUCCAACAGGGCGCUGGACAUUGGAGCGUCGACUACCUACUACAUAGGUGGCCAGGAUAUAGCCACAGGUUUCCGGGGAUGUCUUCGGAAUCUGGAAGUUGCUGCCCGGGUCGUCAACCUUGCAACAUUGGACCAGGGAAGCAUCUUUGAUGCUGAUGUUGGAACGUGUGCUAUUCGAGAUAGGUGCACCCCAAAUCCUUGUGAACACGGCGGCAACUGCACCCAGAACUGGGACAACUUCUACUGCAGGUGCGACAACACCGGCUACAAGGGGGAGAUGUGUCAUAUCUCUGCUCACCACAUCUCCUGCACUAUGCACAAGCUGUACUCUGAGACGAUCGAAGGAGUUGAAGAAGCCACCAUCGACCCUGACGGCUCUGGACCACUCGGGCCGUUCAAGGUCAUGUGUGAAAUGAAUGAUGCCGGAUACCCAGUGACCUACAUCAGCCAUGACAGUGAGAACUGGAUCACGGUCAAUGGCUACCAGGAGCCCGGGUCCUACAUCCGCUUUGUCAACUACGUCACCGGCCUCCCAGAACUCACCAAUGUCAUCGAGAGAUCUGCCAGCUGCAAGCAGUACAUUGAAUACAGCUGCUUCAACUCCAGGCUUCUGGCUAAACCAGGUGACACAUUAGAGAGAUCGUUUGCCUGGUGGGUGGGCCGCACAUACCAGCCCAUGUACUACUGGGGCGGUGCCGCUCCAGGCUCCUUCAAGUGUUCCUGUGGUCUGGACGAGAAGGGCUGUAUCAGUGGGAGCGAAACCUGUAACUGUGAUGCUGGUCAACUGCUGCAGACCUCGGACAAGGGGUACCUGGUUCACAAGGACUACCUCCCUGUGCUGGAGCUUCACAUGGGCGACACUGGCACUGUGACGGACACGAAGUCUGGGGCACACCGAGUCGGAAAGCUGGAAUGUGUAGGAGAUGAUCUGUUCGAUAACGUCAUCACCUUCAGGAAGGCUGAUGCCACUUUAGAAUUUGCAACUUUUGAGGCAGAGAACGCAGGUGACAUCUGGUACCAGUUCCGCACCACGUCCACAGAUGGCGUCAUGGUCCACAACGUCGGGCCCAGAGACUUCAUCGAAGUCCGACUCUCCCAGGGAGACACUGUGCAGUUCCGCUACGAUGUGGGCAACGGCGUGCAGGUCCUGACCUACCAGUCUCCAGGGCCCCUAAACGAUGACACAUGGCACACGGUCCACAUAGAACACAACAGGAAGCAGGCUUGGAUGAGGAUCGAUGACUACACCGAGGUCUUCGUAAAUGAAGACUCCGACCUCAUCCGAAUGUUGGACCUCACAAGCAGACUAGUUAUUGGUGCUGCUGUUGACUUCAAUGACGGGUUCGUAGGAUGUAUGCGGGGCCUGCGAGUGAACGGUCAGCUCCUAGACAUGAAGGGCAAGGUCGAAAGAGGGGAUGUCACCUAUGGAGUAGCCGUUGGCUGCGUGGGCAAGUGUUCCAGCAACCCCUGUUUCAACGGGGGCACGUGCCGGGAGGGGUACUCGGGCUACACAUGUGACUGCUCCUACACCCCCUUCCGAGGCUGGAUGUGCGGCAGAGAGGUGGGAGUCAACAUGCAAACCAACUUCAUGGUCCGAUACACCUUCGAUGAGGAUCAGGGUCUCUCGGCCUCGGACUUCCAGUACGCUCGGAUAGGAUUCUCCACCAAGAACAAGCAGGGCAUCCUCAUGCAGAUGAGGAACGAACCCAACACGGAGUACAUCUCCGUGGAAAUGAACAACAAUGGUGGAGUGAAGGUGGCCCUGGACGUGGGUUUCCAGAGGGAAGAGGUGAACACCCCCAACAUUGGAAUAGACUUCACCAAUGGCCAGCAGCACGAGGUGGUUGUCAGGAGAAGCAACAAGGGCAGGACUAUAUAUGUCCAGGUUGAUGACUACCCUCCAGUUGAGGAGACAUUUGACGUCUCCGAGUCCAGCGACACCAUCUUGGACAACCCCAAAUAUCUUUUCAUCGGCAGCAACGAUACUGCCAACUCAGCCAAGGGGUUUGAAGGGUGUAUCUUCCGCAUGCAAGUGGACAACAUCUUCCCCUUGAAGAGAGCUUUCCAGGACCCCCGACCUGCCUUUAUCAGCCUCAUCCCUGAGGGCAAAGUGAGAGAAGAUAUGUGUGGAUUUGAAGAAUACACACAGGCCCCCGAUCCCAUCGAGACACGUCCCCGUGGCGGCGAUGUCAUCAACGUCACAUAUCCAUACUUCCCUGAUGAGGGUCUUACGACAAAUGAAAGAAUCAUCUUAGGAGUUGUGCUGGCUCUCAUCUUCGUCCUCAUCAUCAUCUUCAUCGUUGUCCUCGCGAAGCUGCGAUGUAGUGGCGGCGACUACGACACCAAGGAAGCCAAGGGGGCCGAGUACGCUGAUAACCCCGACACUGCCGUUGUUUAUAACCAGACUGGGCUUCCAGAUAUAGCCAAGAAACAGGAAUGGUUUAUCUGAGGGGCUCAUUUUAUAUUAAGUGUGAAUGGUGUGGACUUUUAAAAUAGAUCAGACCUUUUUUAAUUCUAUGACUUUAAUAUCUCUGUUGGGGGCGGUCGGGUAGCCUAGUGGUUAAAGCGUUCGCUCGUCACACCGAAGACCCGGGUUCGAUUCCCGACAUGGGUACAAUGUGUGAAGCCCAUUUCUGGUGUUCCCCGCCGUGAUAUUGCUGAAAUAUUGCUGAAAGCGACGUAAAACCAUACUCACUCACUCACUCACUUACUAAUAUCUUUGUUGAUAUGACUAGUAUGAAGAUUUAAUGGUAAAUGAUUUGAGAGAAAGAUCUGUUUAUAUGUAGUGUUAUGCUACUACUUUGGUUUUAUCAGUAAUGAGUUGUAAUUUAUCAUAUGUGAAAAGGUGUUAACCAGCAUUACAUGCAAUAAAGCUCGCCUUACCCCGAACUAUACAAUAGUUCACCCAAAGACACUAUCACGAUUACCAUCUGUCUGAGUAUUGGAUCAAGUAUGCCAAAUCCAUUUGUCUUUGUAAAGUGUUAAGUAUGCCUUAUUCUUCUUGAUAAAAUGUGAAUUCAAUAUACCGUAAAUUAUGAAAUAGAGGCCCUGGUCUCUGCCUUUUAGUCCUUUGGCCAAUAAUCAAACUUCUAUUCAGUUGGAUUUCAGGUGUUUUUGUUUUAGUAUGAAUCAUAUAUUAGUCUGGAAUUAGAACAUUAUAAUGGCAGUUGAUCUACAUGAGUCUUUGUAUUCCACAACAAUAUCAGAAACUAGAAUCCCUUCUAAAAUACACCUGCCAUUGUCCAAUGAUGACAUUGCUUGUGUAUUGAACAUAUGCAAUGACCAGUGUCAUUUCUGCAUUCCAUACACUCAAAAGAUUUUAGUUUUUAAUUUUUAGAUAAUAAACAUGAAUCAUUCUAGUAUAACUGUUCAGAUUUUAUAAGGUUUUUUAUAUUUCAUAUCUGUACAUAGUGUAAAUAUAUUUACAUAAUUCCAUACAUAAUCAUUUUCAGGUUAAGUUUACAUUUGUAAUAUAAAUAUCAUUCCAUAUUUUUAUACAUUAAUGUCACUGUAGCAAUAAUGGCAGAGAUAGUCUUAAUCUGAGGUGCCAAGAUGCUUGAGAAAAUGAAUGGAAUACGGAAUGUAGGUGCUUCACACUCAUCAUCAUAUAUUCACUUUGUUUCUUUAAGUUUUUAUUUUCAUUAUUUUAAGAAACCUUAGUAGUCGUAUAAGGCAAAAAAAAUAUGUUUAUGAAAAAAUUAUGAACUUCAAAUUGAUCUUCUGAAAUAUCCCUUAUUUAAUUGAAGAACUUGUCAGUUGGUUAUUUGUGAAUAGUAUAUUACCUGUCUGUGUAUGUCCUGUUAAACCGUGCCGAACAUUCUCUGAUCAUUGAUGUAUAUACGAACAUGCUCAACAUAAUUUGUAAUAAAAUUAUAGUCAUGUGA